AUGCGCGCCAGUCCGUCCGAUGGCCGACGAAAAUGCGCGCCAGUCCGUCAGAUGGCCGACGAAAAUGCGCGCCAGUCCGUCCGAUGGCCGACGGUUCCGACCGUACGGUCGACCAAAUAUUUUUUUCUCGAUCUUUUCAUUUUCUCCCACUCUGAAAACCUUCUAACCACGAUUUUGAGAGUUUUUAUCGUGGAAAAUCUGAAAACGGCGGAGAAAAAUCGAAUCAGUACGGUGACAAGUGUUCUGGCCGACGAAAAUGCGCGCCAGCCCGUCCGAUGGCCGACGAUUCCGACCGCUCGGGCGUGGAAAAUCGGGAAACGACCGACCGAAAAUCGAAUCCGACCGGUGAAAUGCGUUUUGGCCGAGAAAUCAUGCACGCCAGUCCGUCCGAUGGCCGACGGUUCCGACCGUACGGUCGACCAAAUAUUUUUUUCUCGAUCUUUUCAGUUCUGGCCACUCUGGAAACCUUCCAAUCACGAUUUUGGCAGGUUUGAAUGUGGAAACUCGACAAAUGAUCGACCAUUUUUCAAAUCCGAACGGUCCCUUAGUUUUUCUCCGCCGAGAGAACCAUGCCCGCCAGUCAACGGACGGUGGUGCACCACCGAUCCCACGAUCGCAACCCUUCCCAUCCCGCUGUACGACCCAUCCCAAGACCAGCCCAUUAAGGAAAGGCAUAAAUCGUAA